GAUGCCUUGGGCUGGAGCAGUGUUCCCGGCUAAAUUCACGCGGAGCUGGAAAGGCAGUGAGAAAAAACUGGGACAUAGAGGAGAAUCUCCUAUUCUCUCAGACUGAGCGCUUUCAUCCAGGGAACACCGGGACAGAGAGAAAAACACUCGAGGAUUCAGCCAAGCCUGAACUGAGCAAAGAAAAUCGUAAGUAAUUCACAGAGGGAAAAUAUUAAUAAUAAUUUACGAACCGUUAAACGAGACGAAAGCCCUUGCGGGGAGACAAAGUUGAUGGUCUCCAUUCCGAUGUAACUUCAAGGCUCAUGUUUGACGGUGAUUUUCUCUAACCAAUACUCCUUUGAAGAAGCGCAAGUUGUAACGAGCAGUUCGGAAUUUUGGCCCGAAAGCUUUGGAAAUUGUAAAGGGCUUGGUGUAAGAGCCGUGAGGGAGUUCCUGCAGCAAGAAGGGAGAGAGGGAUUCCCGAAGGGGCUGAUGGAGCAGAGAGCAGCUGGCCUGGAUCAGGGCGAGAACCUGAGCUCCCGGCUCAGCCUCCUGCAGGAAUUCGCCAACCUCUCCUCGCAGUUCCAGGGCAUCCAGCUCAUCCAAUCGUUCAAGUCCCUCAUCAUUCCGUGCUACGCGCUGGUGGUCUUCAUCGGCAUCCUCGGCAACUACUUGCUCAUCCACAUCAUCUGCAAAACGAAGAAGAUGCACAACACCACCAACUUCCUGCUGGGGAACCUGGCCUUCUCGGACAUGCUGAUGUGCGCGACCUGCGUGCCCUUCACCCUGGCCUAUGUCUUUGAGCCGCGGGGCUGGAUCUAUGGCAGGUUCAUGUGUUACUUCGUGUUCCUGAUGCAGCCCGUCACCGUCUUUGUCUCGGUCUUCACCCUCACUGUCAUCGCCGUCGAUCGCUACUGCGCCACAGUGCAUCCCCUCAGGAGGAGGCUGACCAUACCCAGCUGUGCCUACCUGCUGACCACCAUCUGGCUCCUGGCGUGUCUCCUGGCAGCCCCGGGCCUGGUACACACCUACUAUGUGGAGUUCUUCCAUCAGGACUUGACCAUCUGUGAGGAGUUCUGGGUGGGGAUGGAGAAACGCAGGCUGGUGUAUGCCUACAGCACCCUGCUGGCCACCUAUGUCCUGCCCUUCUUGGUCAUCUCGCUCUCCUACCUCCGCAUCUCUGUCAAGCUGAAGAACCGUGUGGUGCCCGGCAACAUCACCCAGUCCCAGGCCGAGUGGGACCGAGCCAGGCGCAGGAGGACCUUCCGCCUCCUGGUGUUGGUGGUGGCUGUUUUCGGCCUUUGCUGGCUCCCCCUGCACCUCUUCAACAUGAUCAAGGACAUUGACUUUGACCUGAUAGACAAGCAGUACUUCAACCUCAUCCAGCUGCUGUGCCACUGGCUGGCCAUGAGCUCUGCUUGUUACAAUGCCUUCAUCUACGCCUGGCUCCAUGACAGCUUCAGGGGGGAGCUGAAGAAGAUGUUCACCUGGAGGAACCAGAAGGUGGCUCCCACGGCUCACUGUGUCAUGGCCAGCGUGGUUUUGUAAAUAAAGCAGAGCUCCCGGUGGGGCAAAACUACAUGAUCUCUAAGCACUAACCGAUCAGACUUGUGUGCCAGGAACUGAUAAUCUGGGGAGAGACCUGGCAGUAUAUGUGCGCAAGUAGUAGGAAGUGUCGAGUGGCAGGCUGAGAGACAGGGUGAGCCCCGCUGACAGGAUGAACGCAAAAGCAACAAAGUUAUGAAUAAUGCAGACUGUGGUAGACAGAUUGAAUCCUACCUUUGAAAACUGAACUGGAUAACUAUUUGAAGAGGAAACGAUUUGGAGGACUGCAGUGAAGACUUGGGUUAGCUGAGUAGUUGUCACAGAUAGCCCACAUUGGCAAGGCAGGUUGAAUGGCCUCAUUCCGUGUUGUUAUCAUUCUGGAAUUGUAUGUGCAGGGGAGUGAGAGAGUUGCAAAGCAAUAGACUGCAAUGAUUUUUGACAUGGUCUAUGGGGACAAACUGUCGUCCCCAUUCAAAGUUCAGGAAUGCUCUUUUAUGUCCCUGUCUCCCAACUUUGAAGUAUUUUUUAAGAGGUGCAAAGCACAGUAUGAAUCUAGAAUGUGCCCCCCCAUUUGUACUGAAAUGUUUAUACAAUAGAUAGUGAUUGAACAUUGUUGAUGUGUUCUACACUUAAUCAAAGUGUCUCGAUUGCAUGCUGAAAAUUAUUGCAAAUGUGAAUUAUAUAUAAAUCAUAACCUGCAGUAGAAUAUUAAGAGGAGGUAUUUAAUGAAUAUAAAUAUCCUUUAUCAACAGUUUUGGUCACCUUGCAAUAGGAAGGAUGUUAUUAAACUGGAAAGAGUGCCAAAGAAAUUUACAAAGAUGUUGCCAGGAUUCAAGGGGCUGAGUUAAAGGGAGAGAUUAGACAAGCUAGGAGACUGAGGGAGGAUUCUUAUGGAAGUGCAUAAGAUCAUGAGAGGCAUGGAUAGGGUGAAUGCACUCAGUCUUUUUCCCAGUUUUGGGCGAUCGAGGACUAGAGGGCAUCACUUUAAGGUAAGAGGGGAAAGAACACAUGGGAAUCUUAGGGGCAACUUUUUAACACAGAGGGUGGUAUGCACUUGGAAUGAGCUGCCAGCGGAAGUGGUUGAGGAAGGUACAUUCAUAACAUUUAAAAGGCAUUUGAACAAAUACAUAGAUAGGAAAGGUUUUUUAGAAGAAUAUGUGCCAUGUGCAGGGAAAUGGGUAUGCUUGGAUGGACAUUUUGGUCAGCAUGGAUCACUUUGGGCCAAAAGGCCUGUUGCCAUGCUGUAGGACUCUACGACUCUAUAACUACUGAGAGAUGAAAUUCUUUCUUAUUUCCUUGAGUUAAUGGGAUUGAACUGCCUGAAUUGGAGCUGCUGUGAGGGAAGUGAAUGCAUCUUCUAAUUUGGCUUCAUAUAAAACCGUUGUAAGUAAAUAAUACUUUCUGACUGUGUUCAGAUUAAUUGCAUACAAGGUCUGUUUAAGAAGACAGUUCAUUAAUUUGCCUUGUUUGAUGCAACAUCAUGCUUUAUCUGUCACACAAAUUAAGCCAAUAAGAAUUAUAGUACGAUUAAAAUGGUUUGCAGAGGUUCUCUGAGGUAUCCUUGAUUACCAAAGGUUUGCUGUACUAGCUCUUUGUAAGGACUGUGAUCAACAGGCAUUAUUCCAUUAAAUGAAGGCUGGCAGAUGAAAUGAUUCUGAUCAGUCUGCCUCACUUUCCUCCCACAGUAUCAUUGACAUUGCAUCUGAACCUACUUGCAGAACAGCUCGCGAUGCCAAGAGCAAAGAUUAAAGACUACUCACAUCAAUGUGAGCUGAGCUGAAACAGAACAGACUGUGAUGGAGCCUUGUUCACACUGUGUAACCAGAGAAGUUUACUUUAAUAUAAAUCCUCUUUCUGUAGGCUUGUGGCCAGAAGCACUUUAAUUCAUUUUGCUGUUUCAUUCCCUGUCCCUUCUCCUGUUCUUCAUUUCUGAGUUUGUUUAUUUUCCAGUUGGCAAUUGCCUUCUGAAAUUAGACGUUUUAAAAGUUACGCUGUCAAUAAUGUUACUGAUUCCUUUGGCUAAAAGGAUGCACCUUCCUGAAAGCAAAGACCAGUAGGUAGCAGGACAAUAUAAAACACCAAAAUGACUGAUUUGUGAAGCAAUACGAUUCCCUGGUUUUCUUGUAAUGUACAUUGUAUUAUCCAGUUUGAAUUCAUUCCAUUAGAACAUGUUUCUAUACAUUUCCUCUAAACCCAUAGAGUAGAUUUUUCAAUCUGCUGUUAGUUAGCAACAUACUAAUAGCUUUUGCCUAAUCAUUAACGUGCUGAGUUAAAUUAAUUUUUAUGGCGUGAGCAAGUCCAAUCUCAAAGGUGUAGCCUGACAUUGGCUGUUCACCAGAACAUUGUAAGCUAUUGCAUGCAAAUAGCUCUGAAUAUAUAUUUCAGAAUAAGAAAGUGAAAUUGGGGUGGGAAAUGCCAGUGUAAUUUUAUACAUGUCAGACGUCAGUUGGUCGUGCCCUCAUCUCCGAAGCAAGAGGCUAUGGACAAACUUAGCUCAAAACUUUUGGCCGAUUCUCCAGCGCAACAAUGAGGGAAUGCUGCACUGUCUGAGGUAUCAUUUUCAGAUGAAAUGUUAAACUGUGACCCUGCUUGCUCUCAAACAGAUGCAGAAGAUUCCAUGGGACCAUUUUGAAGAAACUGGUUGGAAUUAUUCUGGUGACCUAUUUUUCAAUCAGCUGUUCCUUUAGAGAUGUUGACUUAAUUGGUGUUUUAUCAGGUUGCUGCUAGUCAGAGUUUGCUUUAUGCAAAUUAGCUGCUUUGGUUCCUACAUUGCAGAGGUGACUGCAUUUCAAAAGAAUGGAAUUGGUUGAAAAGCACUUUGGAAUGUCUUACAGUCAUCAAAGUUGCUAUAUAGAUGCACAUUCUUCUAGUUUUGCCUAUCAGGGAUAUUAGACAUUGUUUUAUAUGGACUGGUUAAUGGGUGAGCUCUAUAUUAGCAUAUCUACUUAAAAAGAUCAUGGGUAAUGUCACUGAAUCCCAAUAUUAAAAUAAUUAUAUAUAGACUGAUAGAAACGUGAUUGCAAUUCAAAACCCACCAGAAAUCUAGACUGAUCAAAACGAGUAAAAAUUUGCUGUAAUUAAUCACUAUCCAGUUUUCUAGUUUUCAUAUUUUAAUUCCUCCCCAUAACUGGGAUUGACUGUUUGAAAAAUCGUGAUAAUAGUUUAAAAGAAAUAAUGUAGGUACAUUUACAUGAUCCACAUAUUUCAUCAGUUAGGAAGGUUAGGGUCUUAUUUGGCUAGACACUAGAUUCUGAUUAAAAAUUGUCAAGAAUUAAUGAGACUACUUACUUUCUGGAUUAUGAUUCCUCAAGUGUCACGAAACCAUCGUUCCAGAAGCCUGGAGUAUGCAUAGUGGAACAUUCAGCAGAUCACUUGACAAGUACAAGUGAUGAACUGUCUACAAUCCAGUAGAGAUAGCAGGAACUGCUAUACUGGAGAAUCUGAGAUAACAAGGUAUAGAGCUGGAUGAACACAGCAGGCCAAGCAGCAUCAGAGGAACAGGAAAGCUGACAUUUCGGUUCAAGACGCUUCUUCAAAAAUUUUCUGAAGGGUCUCGAUCUGAAACAUCAGCUUUCCUGCACCUUGUUGUCUACAAUUCAACAACGGAUGAUGCAGUAUGACUCCACAAUCAACCCACAAGUGUCGAAAAUAUAAACUGACCCUGAAGGCUCGGUUAGAUUUUCUUCCUAUUGCUGUGAUCCCUGUGGAAUCCUUAAAUCAUAAUAACCAAAUACACCAAAACCCUCCAACUCCCACACCCGACCCCCAUCCCCAGAAAGUGCAGAAAUUACUGGGUGAGAUUUCACUUUCUGUAACUUGUACGUUAAUAUGAGUCAGGCUAAAUAUAAAUUGAACAAUAAUUAACAGGCAAAUCACAGUAAAAACAAAAAAAAACAAAAUUUGACUUGGAAUAAUAGUCUUUGAUCUAUCUAAUAGGAUUAAUAGGCAAUCUAUUCUAACUGUACAGUCCCAAUUUUAUCAUAUAGUUCAUUCCUAGGGAACAUCAAAGCCUUUUCUUCACACAUUUAGCUUGUACACUGCAGGCAACACAUUCUGUGUAAACAGGUUCUAACUAUGUAAUCAUCCUAUAGUGUGCAUUUCUUUCUAGAACCCUUCAAACUCUCAAUUCCCAUUGAAUUGUUAUCCACCAGAAUGUUAGUUGUUAAGCUCCCUGCUUUGUGCCAAUCUUAUGCACAGCCUCUGUAUUUUAUCUUCUUGUUGGUAUUGUUUCCAGGUCAAGGGUCUCCAUAUCACAUGAUCAGUAUUUUCUGUUACCACAAAAUUAUAAUUAACCCUUUUACAAGUACCCCACAUGUUUAAACAUCUCUUUCAAUAUGAAAUAUAUAUGUUUAAUAUAAAGCAAUUGCAGAUUCCUCUGGGUCAAAAGCCAUCACAUUUCAAUGGGUUUCAGGUUUGAGUUUCUCUCCCUACCUGGAUGACAUGGGCAUGUCUCCAGAGACACUUAUCCAGAUUUAACUCUUUGAGUCAGCAUUAUAUUUCAAUACGUAGCUGUUUAUGAAAUUUAAAAUUUAUGACAAUGUGCAUCAACUUUGUUAUGAGCUGCUUUUUUAUGUGAUGUUGUUAUGUUACAUUACGUCAUGCAAUGUAUGUUACGUUAUUUAUUAUCUUUUCAUAGGAUUAGGCAAGGCCCACAUCUGUUGCCCAUCCAUAAUUGCCCUUGAAAUGAGUGGCUUGAUAGACCAUUUCAGAGUACUAAUCUAAGUGUGGCCACAAAAGCUAGUCUAACAAUGACCACGUAAUCACCGUUAAUUGUCAAAAACUAUUUAGUUCACUAAUGACCUUUAAGCUCAGAAACCUGCAAUCCUUCCCUCACCUCACCUGCUCACCAGACCCACAGCAAUGUGGCUGACUCCUAACCUGCCCCUGAAAUAGCCAAGCAAGCCUCUCAGUUUCAGGGCAAUUAAAGAUGAGCAAUGAAUGCUGACCUUGUCAGUGACACCAAAGGAUUUGCCCUGUGCUGGCUGUUCCAACACAGCACAGCUCCCAAGCACACUGGCUUCUUCUGAGUGAAGUAAGAAGCUGGUGAGGGGAGGAAGUGCAAUCUUCAGCAAGAUUUCCAAGCACCAAUGACUGAUUUAGUCCCCCAGUUGUGGACCACAGUGGCAUCAGUGGAUGGUGAACAGUUGAGGAGAAAAAAAAUUAAAAAACGGACAUGAUGUUCUGGUCAUACUUGAUAUACAAGAUGGGUCAGAGCAAACUGCUUCAUUCACCAGUUGUACUCACUUGCUUGAAUUAAUUUAGCAGCAGAUUUGUAAAACAUCAUGAGGAAUCUGGGGAACUCAGGAGUCAAAAUUAUAUCGGCUCAUCCUUACCCCUUAAAGAGGGGUGUUUAGAAUAACAGCCUGUUCUAUCCUCCGUUUGUUGUUAGGAGGCAUUACUGCACUUGUUUGGACAAGUCCUUAAAAUGCCACAUUAUUACAUCAAAUAGUGAACAAGAGACUCUCGUUAAAUCCCAGUAAUCACCAUUGCUGGUGGAUAUUGAAAAUAUGCCUGUAAUCAGAUGACUCGUGAAGCCCAAUUACAUUUAGGUUUUGGAGACCUGGUUAUUAGGCACCGGAACUGUUUGGAUUGGCCAAAUGGUGCAAAUAAAUUUUAACCCUCAUUGGGCUUUUGCUCUGAGUCUAUUUUCAUCAAGCUGUAAUUGGAGAUGUACAUUGGUUAUUACACUAAUGGUUAACUUCAAAUCAUCAAAUCUCACAUGAAGUCAACAGCACCUUUCACAGGUGUUAAAAAUGUAGUUGGGGAAAAUACAUUCAAAUACGUGAAGCGUGUGUUUAUUGUUUUUGUGGAUGUG